AUGUCUCAUUCUCACCCGUUACCCCUCAAGAGACAAGGUGAGCAUUUGUCCGAUGAUGGUGCCUCUGCCAUUAAACCCUCUCGUCUCAAAAUCGCAAUACCCUCUGAGGAUUCCGACAAGAAGAAUGCGAGCAAGAGGCUCAAAGAUGUUGAAAUUUGUGUCCCGAUAGUGUAUGGGACUAUUGCAUUCUAUCUUGGUAGGAAGGCCAGUGAGUCUCAGUCACACAAGUGGACAGUUUAUGUACGCGGAGCCUCGAAUGAAGAUCUUGGGGUGGUGAUUAAGCGGGUUGUGUUUCAAUUGCAUCCUAGCUUUAAUAACCCCACUAGAGUUGUGGAGUCACCACCGUUUGAGUUAUCAGAAAGCGGUUGGGGUGAAUUUGAAAUAGCCAUCACUCUCUAUUUCCACAAUGAUGUCUGUGAAAAACAGUUGGAUUUGUAUCACCAUUUGAAAUUAUAUCCAGAAGAUGAAUCUGGCCCCCAGUCUACGAAAAAACCUGUGGUUGUUGAAUCUUAUAACGAGAUUGUUUUUCCUGAACCCUCGGAGGGUUUUCUUGCACGUAUACAGAAUCAUCCUGCUGUUAAUGUGCCUAGGCUUCCUACUGGUUUGAAUUUACCAAGUCCUGUAUCAAUUGAUACUAUGAAUGACAAGGAGAGAGGUGACACCAAAGAUCAUCCUCUAAGCCAAUGGUUCUUGAAUUUCUCUGAGGCGGAUGAGCUCUUAAAACUUGCAGCAGCUCGCCAGCAGGUGCAAGCUCAUAUUGUGAAACUGCGAAGACAAUUAAGUUUGGUGGAAGGACUACCUCAGCUGUCGAAACCACCCUCUGGUUAUGAAUGUACUUGA